UGAAAUAGUGUAAAAAAAAAAAAAAAAAAAAAAAAGACAUUUGUGCAUUUGAAAUAACCAUCACCACUAAUAAUGAAUCAGUACCAAAUGUGUAGUAGAUGCCGGUGUUAGUUGAGGAGCUGUGGAGGGUGAGUAAACUUUAUUAGCUGUAGGAAAUGGACGAACCUUCGCCCUGUUAAUCAUUUAUCUGGACCACAAAGAAGGCUCACAAAGUAAUUGUCCACUGAAUUCAUUCCGCACUCCAGAUAUUUUGGUUAAACACCUUCAAAUGACUUACUGGGCUUCUUUGAGUGAAUUUCAUUACACUGAUAUCAAAGAGUUUUAGAGGUAAGUUCACCUUAGUGAUACUUUUUGCUGUUUUUCUAAAAUAUGGUGUCAGUGGACUUGCUUGAUGAAUAAUGCUUUUUGGUGUUUUGUGACAGAUCCAUCCAAAUCUUUUAAUACACAAAAUUUCGCUAUCAUCAUUUUACCUGUUUUUGUAUCUAAUUAAUACAUGAUGUUAAAAAAGGUAUUUUUUAUGGUAUAUUCAAUUAAAUCAAAUAUUGUACAAUGUCAGGAAUAAAAAACACAAUACUGCACUCUGUGCAUUUGUAUGUUCGUGUAAAUAUUUUGUAAGUAUCAUGAUUUCAAUAUUAAACUUUCUUUAUACAUUGUGUGUUUAUGCAUAGUGCAUCCUUUGUCCAACUAGGUCUCAAUUGCCCAGGGUUACUUUAUUUUUGGGAUGCUUGUAAGAGUGAAAUGCUGUAAGCUCGACACAUGUCAAUGUCAUGGCUAUAGAUGAUGCAUUUUUGUGCGUGCCCAACCAAAUUGAAAAUUUGAAAAAUGGGGAAAACCCUGGAUAAUGUAUAUUGUUUGAAGGAGAAUUUUGGCAGCAAACACUGUUGAAAAAUUCCAUCUGUGUUUAAAAUACGGAACAGAAAUUGUGUCAAAUUCGGCAGUGGUUUGAAAAAUCUCCCUUUGCUACAAAAACAUUCUCUCACAAAGAACAAAAAUUGGAUGUUAGAAUUUGAAUUGAGUCUUGCAUAGAACGGGAGGAGCGUGGUGACCAUUAAUUCUUUAUCACAUCUCUGCCCCAGCAUUUUUCCAACAGUAUUAGCAAGAUGCAGGCAGGCUGCUUUGGCCAUUCUCCAUGACGACUGGGUUCACUGGCCACAGCAUGAGGCUGCAGGAAGACGACUCAUUGGAGUGUGACUUCUCUUUCAACGCAACACUUCUUUCUUUUUACACUCAGAUAUUCUCCCCUGUGUGAACAUGAACAUCACAAGGCAGCGCAGCGGUCAGACCGAUGAGCAAAGUUAAAACUACAGUGUCCUCACUGAAAAAAAGAAUAUCAUCCCCGCAGAAAUGAUGCAAUUUGGUCUGUUUUAUUUGCACCUACUUGGAUGCACUAGCGUCAUGUCCACCUACGGGCCCCAUCAACGAGCACAGAUGACUGGCGAUAUUUUGCUCGGAGGCCUCUUCCCCAUUCACUUUGGGGUCGCAUCUAAAGAACAAGACUUGGCAGCACGGCCUGAGUCCACACAAUGUGUCAGGUUUAAUUUCCGUGGUUUCCGUUGGCUGCAAGCUAUGAUUUUUGCAAUUGAUGAGAUCAACAACAGCAGCACUCUCCUGCCCAAUAUCACAUUAGGCUAUAGGAUCUUUGACACAUGCAAUACAGUGUCAAAGGCACUGGAAGCCACUCUCAGUUUUGUGGCCCAAAAUAAGAUCGACUCCCUGAAUUUGGAUGAGUUUUGCAACUGCACUGACCACAUCCCGUCGACUAUUGCAGUCGUUGGAGCUGCUGGUUCUGCUGUCUCCACAGCAGUGGCAAACUUAUUGGGACUGUUUUAUAUAUCACAGAUCAGCUAUGCAUCAUCCAGUCGCCUCUUCAGUAACAAGAACCAAUACAAAUCCUUCAUGAGAACCAUUCCUUCCGAUGACUACCAGGCCACGGCUAUGGCAGAUGUAAUCGAGUACUUCCAGUGGAACUGGGUCAUUGCUGUGGCCUCAGAUGAUGACUACGGACGACCCGGUAUAGAAAAGUUUGAGAAAGAGAUGGAGGAGAGAGACAUCUGCAUUCACCUGAAUGAACUCAUCUCUCAAUACAUGGAGGACCACGAAAUUCAAGGACUAGCCGACAGGAUUGAAAACUCCAGUGCCAAAGUCAUCGUGGUGUUUGCCAGUGGUCCAGAUAUCGAGCCUCUAAUAAAGGAAAUGGUCAGGAGAAACAUCACAGAUCGUAUCUGGAUCGCCAGUGAAGCUUGGGCAAGCUCUUCCCUCAUUGCUAAACCCGAGUAUCUCGAUGUGGUGGCAGGCACAGUGGGUUUUGCCCUGAAAGCGGGACACAUACCACAGUUUAAAGAUUUUCUGCAACAAGUCCAACCAAAGAAAGACGGUCAUAAUGAAUUUGUCAGGGAGUUUUGGGAGGAAACUUUCAACUGUUAUCUCAAAGACAGUCCAAGGUUCCAAGAAAGUGACAACGGAAGCAAAAGUUUUAGACCUUUGUGUACUGGUGAGGAAGACGUCACCAGUGUGGAGACACCUUACCUGGACUACACCCACCUUCGUAUCUCCUACAAUGUGUAUGUUGCAGUUUAUUCCAUUGCAAAAGCCUUACAGGAUAUCCUCACCUGUACACCUGGACACGGACUUUUUGCAAACAACUCCUGUGCAGACAUAAAGAAAAUUGAAGCUUGGCAGGUUCUAAAACAGCUCCGACAUCUGAAAUAUACCAACAGUGCGGGAGAAAAGAUGCGUUUUGAUGAGAACUUUGACUUGGCAGCAAACUACACAAUAAUCAACUGGCACAGAUCUGCUGAAGAUGGUUCUGUGGUGUUUGAGGAGGUUGGAUAUUAUAAUAUUCAUUCAAAGAGGGGAGCCAAGCUGGUCAUUGACAAGACAAAGAUCCUCUGGAAUGGAUACUCUAUUGAGGUUCCAUUCUCCAAUUGCAGCGAGGAUUGUGAACCGGGCACCAGGAAGGGCAUCCUAGACAGUAUGCCCACUUGUUGCUUUGAAUGCACUGAGUGCUCAGAUGGAGAGUUCAGUAACCACAAAGAUUCCAGCAUUUGCACCAAAUGUCCCAAUAACUCCUGGUCCAGUGGGAACCACACCUUGUGCUUUUUAAAGGAAAUUGAGUUUCUGUCCUGGAAUGAACCAUUUGGGAUAGCUUUGGCCAUAUGUGCAGUACUUGGUGUUGUCUUGACAGCUGUUGUCAUAGGAGUGUUCGUCAAAUUCCGCAACACCCCCAUAGUGAAGGCCACAAACCGAGAGUUGUCCUACUUGCUCCUCUUCUCGCUUAUCUGUUGUUUCUCCAGCUCACUUAUCUUAUCCCGCUUACUUUAGUACUUACGGGAAGUUUGUUUCGGCAGUGGAGGUCAUUGCGAUUCUGGCGUCCAGCUUCGGGAUGCUGGCGUGUAUUUUUUUCAACAAGGUCUACAUCAUCCUAUUUAACUCCUCCAGGAAGAC